AUGGCACCAUCUCACAAAUUUUUAACAGACCUUUCCGACGACAUGGCUGAAUUAUUAAAUACAGGUGCUGGUUACGACGUUGUAAUUCAAGUCGGGGAAGAACCGAAUGUUAAAGAAUUCAGAACUCAUUCAGUAAUGCUAGCAGCAAGGCGUCCAUAUUUUCAAACUGCACUGUCAAGUAAAUGGGCUAAAAAACAAGGCGAUAUUUUUGUAUUUCGCAAGCCAAAUAUUUCUCCAAGAAUCUUUAAGGAAAUCUUGCAAUAUUUAUACACUGGGACAAUAGAUUUGGCACAACAAGAUGGCACUGACUUAAUAAAAAUUCUUGUGGCUGCCGACGAAUUGGGCCUUCAGAAAAUUGUAGAAAUAAUAAAACAAUACUUAAUCGAUAAUCAAUCCGAACUUUUAAUUAGAAAUCCCAUCCGGUUCGUCCAAUCUGUAUUCCUUUACGACAUAUGCGCUUCCUUAAGAGAUUAUUGUCUGCAAGCAAUUUGUGAAAAUCCUCAUAUAAUUUUUGGUUCGUCCGAUUACUUAUCGCUUGAUAAAUCUCUCCUUUUACGACUAUUAAAAUGCGAACAACUUGAAAUGGAAGAAAUUGAUAUAUGGCUAAACUUACUUAAAUGGGGAAUCGCACAAAACUCUUUAGCAAUUAAACUUGACGAAAGAAAUCCUGCAAAAAAUUUGUUACAAUGGACCGACAAAGAUUUUAUUGCAUUAAGAGAAUCACUAAAUGAUUUAAUUCCACUUAUUAGAUGGAUACAUAUUUCUUCUGGUGAUUUCUUACAUAAAGUUCGUCCUUUUAAAAAACUUUUACCACAAACUCUUUAUGAGGAAGUUUUAAGUUAUCAUCUGGAUUCUGGAAGUAAACCAAGUUCAAUUGAGAUUUCACCACGAAAGGGCCCAAUCUUUGAUUCAGUUUUGAUGGACAACCAACAUGUUUGUGCAUUGGCGAGUUGGAUAGAUAAUGAAAGCGGUUAUUAUGAUAGGACGACAAACCCUUAUAACUUUAAAUUAUUAUUGAGGGCUACUAGGGAUGGUUUUGAUCCUACAACGUUUCAUAACUUAUGCGAUAACAAGGGGGCAACUAUCAUGGUUUCGAAGCUUUCUUCAACCAGACAAUUGAUUGGUGGAUACAAUCCUUUAUAUUGGUCUCCACUUCCAGAGAUUUCUGAAAAUUCAAGUAUUGCAUCGGCUAGUAGUCCUAAUAAUAAUAGUACGAGUGGUGGUAGUUGGUGGAAGACUUCUUCAGGCUUUUUAUUUUCUUUUAAUGACUUAGAUUUCAAAAUCGCUCGAGUUCAACGACCACAAUAUGCCGUUUAUUAUGACAGAAAAUAUGGUCCUGGAUGGGGAUAUUCUGGUGACCUGAUUAUUAAAGAUUCUGGUUCAAUUUAUAAUAGUCAGAAGUCGAUGACAUAUCCAGAAGCUUCGAAAUUUUUCCCAUAUACGACCUCGUCAGAAUAUGAUAUUGAUGAAUAUGAAGUUUUUCAAGUUAUAAGAAAGCCUGGAUUUAGAGAAAUUGCUGGAGCAAGAUACUAUUCUCGUGGGAUUAUACGAGCAUUGAAAAGACAAAAUUGGAAUUAUUUUUUCAAAGUGUUAAUUAUG